AUGUCGGCGUUUACCCGAUCAGUCACUCCCUUUAUACGGACUACUCGGUCUGCAUGGCUGCAAGGCAAUGCCGUCAGCCCAUUCCAACAUGCGCUGCGAGGCCAAAAAGGAGCUGCGGUGUUAAAUGCCGCUCGUACAUAUGCUACUACCUUUGAGCGGACGAAACCUCAUGUUAAUAUUGGUACAAUUGGCCACGUCGAUCAUGGAAAGACCACAUUGACGGCAGCAAUCACCAAGAGACAGGCAGAGAAAGGGAUGGCCAGCUUCUUAGACUAUGGCUCCAUCGAUAAAGCCCCCGAAGAGCGAAAGCGCGGUAUUACGAUUUCGACUUCGCAUAUUGAGUACGCUACCGAAGCCAGGCAUUACUCUCACGUUGACUGUCCCGGUCACGCCGAUUACAUCAAGAACAUGAUUACGGGUGCCGCCAAUAUGGACGGAGCCAUUAUCGUUGUCGCUGCCUCAGAUGGACAGAUGCCUCAAACAAGAGAGCAUCUCCUUUUGGCCCGUCAGGUCGGUGUCCAGAAGAUUGUUGUCUUCGUUAACAAGGUCGAUGCCCUCGAGGAUCCUGAGAUGUUGGAAUUGGUCGAGAUGGAGAUGCGUGAGCUGUUGAGCACUUACGGCUUUGAUGGUGACGAGACUCCCAUCAUCCUUGGAUCUGCACUCUGCGCCCUAGAAGGUCGACGAGACGAGAUCGGUAACCAGAAGAUCGACGAGCUUCUCGAAGCGGUCGAUACAUGGAUCCCAACCCCCCAACGUGAUCUCGAUAAGCCUUUCCUGAUGUCAGUCGAAGACAUUUUCUCCAUUCCUGGCCGUGGUACAGUGGUAUCUGGCCGCGUCGAGCGUGGUACAUUGAAGAGAGAUGAGGAAAUUGAACUUGUCGGCAAGGGAGAAGUACCAAUGAAGACAAAGGUUACGGAUAUCGAGACCUUCAAGAAGUCCUGCGAAGAGUCCCGUGCCGGUGACAACUCUGGCCUGCUUCUUCGAGGCAUCAAACGCGAGGAUGUCCAGCGGGGAAUGGUCAUUGCGAAGCCCGGCACCGCCAAACCACACAAGGACUUUUUGGUCUCCUUGUACGUCCUGAGCAAAGAGGAAGGCGGCCGUCAUACCGGUUUCAUGAACAACUAUCGCCCACAGUUGUUCCUUCGCACAGCAGAUGAGUCAUGCGCGCUAACGUGGCCCGAAGGGACUGAGGAUGCGGACUCCAAGAUGGUCAUGCCGGGCGACAACGUCGAAAUGCGUUGCCAAAUCCACCACCCUCUCGCCUUAGAAACUGGCCAAAGAUUUAACAUUCGCGAAGGCGGCCGGACAGUUGCUACAGGCCUCAUUACAAGGAUUUUGAAAUAA